GAAAGAUUAAUACGUUGCACUAGCUACUUCCGGCGCUUGUUUGGCUGGCAGUCUAGUAUUAGCGCGUAAUGUGUAAAGCCUACUUUUAAUGCUUAAAUGGCAAGGCUUUCAGACGAGGAAAUACUGAGGGCAACAAAGAGAGUCCUACAUAGCGUACUGCAGUAUUAGGGUCACUGUUUUAGUUGUAAUAUGUUCAAAAAGAUGACUGAAUUUGGUCCAGAUUCCGGGGGGCGCGUUAAGGGAGUGACUAUUGUGAAGCCUAUUGUGUUUGGGAAUGUUGCCCGAUACUUUGGAAAGAAGAGAGAAGAAGAUGGACACACGCAUCAGUGGUCCGUGUAUGUGAAGCCUUACAGAAACGAGGAUAUGUCUGCUUACGUCAAGAAGAUCCAGUUCAAGCUACAUGAGAGUUAUGGUAACCCACUGAGAGUGGUCACUAAGCCUCCAUAUGAAAUCACAGAGACGGGCUGGGGGGAGUUUGAGAUCAUCAUCAAGAUCUUCUUCAUCGAUCCCAAUGAGAGACCUGUGACAUUGUACCACCUAUUGAAGCUGUUCCAGUCAGAUUCCAGUGCCAUGCCCAAGAAGACAGUUGUGUCUGAAUUCUAUGAUGAAAUGAUCUUUCAGGAUCCAACAGCUAUGAUGCAGCAGCUACUGACCACAUCAAGGCAACUCACCCUGGGAGCAUACAAACAUGAGACGGAGUUCAGUGAGCUGGAGCAGAGGACCAAGGAAAAACUGGAAGCGGCAAAGAAGAGAACAAGCCAAGAAAUUGCAGAGCUGAAAGACAAACUAAAAGCCAGCAGAGAGAACAUCAACCACCUUAAGGCGGAGAUCAGGAAACUGGAAGAGGACGGAGACCAUAAAGAGCACUGAAACAUGGACAAAUGUGCGCAUGGACGCGAUCAGUUGGCGAAGCAAUUUUCUGUGUUCUGAGGAUUUUAAGAAGAAAAAAGUUCAUGUUGAGAUUUGUUUGAGGAUUUUGCGUUUUUAUUUUUGAGUGUCCGAGGCAUUCUUAAAUAUGUAAAUAUUUUUUGAGUCGGCAGGCAAUGCGUUAAAAAUGUGGACAGUUACAACAAGCUCUAUAAGCGUACAGAUACUUUGUUCUGUGUAGAUUUUUAUUAUUAUUGCAACACUGUGAAAGGUCAGAAAUCAUCACGUGUUGUCAGCCUUCUUUCUUGUACUUAAAUCAAGUAAUCAAAUCAUUGUCCAAAUAUGAUUUAAUCAGCUGGUUGUGAGGGACAACGAUGAAACUGUCUCAUUCAGCCAUCCUGAUAAACAUUUCUCCAGGAUUCCCACAUCCUUGUAGCCACAUCUCACAUGAACGAGCAUUCUAAUGUUUAUAUGAAGUAAAUGUGCUUUUGUUGUUUCUAAUGUAAAGAUUUUUACAGGUUUAUUCAUAAACAUUGACAUACUGUAGCCCCCCUUCCUGAUUCAUUUGUCACACUUGUUUGAGAUUGUCAAACUAAUUUUAAUAUAAGGCAAAAAGAACCCAAGUAAAUACAAAAUGCAAUUUUUAAAUGAUUUUAUUUAUUAAAGGGGGAUGGCCCUAUGUG